AGAGGCCAUGCUCCGCCUUGCCCAGCCCCUCCAUGCCUGCCUGGUGCAAUGUUCUCAUCAAGCUGCCUCCCAGGAUUAUGUGACCAUGACCCGGGGUAGCUUUUGCUUACUUUGGAAGGGAGCAGAAGCACUGUUGGAUAGGCAAGCUGCAUUCUCAGCUCGGAUGAAAGCUGUCAGCUUUCUAGUGCUCUUGGAGGAUGAAAGUACCCCUUGUGAAAUUCCUCACUUUGCCUCUCCAACAGCCUGUAGAGUGGUAGCUGCUCAUCAACUAUUUGAUAACAGUGGACAUGGUCUAGAUGAAGCAGAUGCCAAUUUUCUGUAUGACUUGCUUUCCAGGCUUGUGAUCAGAGUUUUAGUGAAGGAGGAAAAUAAGUCUCCUGGUCCUCUUUCUCCUCAGAGGGCCCUCUGCCUCUUGGAGCUCACCUUGGAAUACUGCCGUCGACUCUGCUGGAGCUGUCACUUUGACAAGGCCAAUAGAGCAGUAGAGGAGGCUCAUGGUUACCUAAGGAACACCAGUCUAGCCCCGAGCCUUCAACUAUGCCAGUUGGGGAUUGAGUUGCUGCAGACUGGGGAGGAAGGAUCCCAAGCAGUGGCCCAACUUCUGACCAAGGCAUCCGCUAUUUUGAACAACAGUAUGGAGGCACCGUCAUGCCAUCUUCGGGCAUUGUAUGAUAGUUGUCAGUUCUUCCUUUCAGGCCUGGAGCGAAGUAACAAGAGGCACCAUAGACCAGAUGCUGUUCUGAGCCUCUUUGCUUUCCUUGGAGGAUACACUUCCCUUCUGAAGCAGCUGCAGGAUGCUGAUACAGAUGACUCUGAGGACUCAGUCAAGCGGCAGCAGUAUUUGCUUCAGACGUACUUUCAGAGUCUUCACCUCUAUGCUGGGAUUGUUUAUGACUUUGCCCAGGGCAAUCAGGUAGCUGGUUUGGCUGAAUUGGUCCAGCUAGUGGAGAGUUGCAAAUCUAUAGUUGUCUGGAUGUUGGAAGCCUUAAAGGGUCUGACAGGCCAAGAGCUGACCACCUACCUAGGGAUGACUGCCUCUUAUACCAGUAACUUGGCCUAUAGCUUCUAUAGUCACAAGCUGUAUGCUGAGGCCUGUAUCAUCUCUGAGCCACUCUGCCAGUAUCUGUGCUUGACAAAGCCAGAAACUUAUCCUGAGGUGCCUUCUGAGAAGUUGCACAGGUUUUUCCGGCUAUAUGUGGAGAGUUUGAAGAAACAGGGUCAACAAACCCAGGGCUGUAAGAUAGUGACCUUAUGGCUGACCAUCCUGAAGUCCUGUCGUCCUGAACAUAUGACUGAGCCAGUCACUUUCUGGGUUCGGAUCAAGAUGGAUGCGGCCAGGACUGGAAACAAGGAGCUACAACUGAAGACUCUACGAGACACCCUUAGUGACUGGGACCCUGAGACCCUGGCUUUCCUGCUGAGGGAGGAGUUACAGGCCUACAAGGCAGUUAAGGCUGACACCGGACAGGAACGCUUCAAUGUCAUCUGUGACCUGCUGGAGCUGAGCUCUGAGGAGACAUCAGCCGGGGCAUGGGCUCGAGCCACUCACUUGGUGGAAUUGGCUCAAGUGCUCUGCUACCACGACUUUGCCCAGCAGGCUGAUUGUUCUGCCCUUGAUGCUAUCCAAGAAGCCCUGCAGCUUCUGGAGUCUGUGCAGCCUGAGGCUCAGGCCCAGGAUCAGCUUCUGGAUGAUAAAGCCCAGGCCUUGCUGUGGUUCUACAUCUGUACCUUGGAAGCCAAAAUGCGGGAAGGUAUUGAACGGGAUCAGAGAGCCCAAGCCCCUAGUAACUUGGAAGAAUUUGAAGUCAAUGACCUGAACUAUGAAGAUAAACUGCAGGAAGAUCGUUUCCUAUACAGUAACAUUGCCUUCAACUUGGCUGCAGAUGCAGCUCAAUCCAGAUUCCUGGACCAAGCCUUGGCCCUUUGGAAGAAGGUGCUUACAAAGGAGCCAUCUCUAGCUGUGCGGUCUCUCCAGCAGACAACAGUCUCUCUCCAGAUCCUAGUGGCCCUCUAUCAGCUGGUGGCAAAGCCCUUGCAGGCUUUGGAGGCCCUGCUGCUUCUGCGGAUUGUUGCUGAGAGACUAGAGGACCACACGAAAGCAACAAGCUACUCCUGCCAUCUCACCAAACUCCUCCUGAGCCUCGGCUGCCCCAGCUACGCCCAGUUAUACCUGGAAGAGGCAAAAUCAAGCCUGAAGCUUGUCAGUCACACUGCUGACCUGUAUCCACUCCUUUCCUUGACUUGUGAUCUACUUCAGAGUCAUCUCUGCUGGAUGCACCAGGAGCUUAUGCCUAUAAUCUUAGGGGUGACUGUCUGUGUCUUGGCCCUGGCCACACUCCAGCCUGGAACUGUGGGCAACACCCUCCUGCUGACCCGUCUGGAAAAGGAUAACCCCCCAGUCACUGUGCAGAUCCCCACUGCCCAAAACAAGUUCUCUCUGAGUUCUGUCCUGAGAGAGUUUGACGCCAUCCAGAAGGAACAGAAAGAGAACAGCUGCUGUACUGAUAAGCGGACAUGGUGGACAGGGCGGCUGGCUCUGGACCGCAGGAUGGAGGAUCUCAUCACAUCCCUAGAAAAGCACGUGUUAGGCUGCUGGCGGGGGCUGCUGCUGCCCUCCAGUGAGGGGCCAGGCCUUGCCACGGAGGCCUCCCGCCUACAAGAGUUGCUGCAGGAAUGUGGCUGGGAAUAUCCUGACCCUACUCUGCUGAAGGUUAUGCUCAGUGGUGCCAGUACCCUCACCAGCCAGGACAUUCAAGCCCUGUCCUAUGGCCUGUGCCCAGCUCAGCCAGAGCGAGCCCAGGAGCUCUUGAAUGAGGCCAUAAGACGUAUACAAGGCCAGAUAGCACCAAGCAAUGGGCACCUUGUCUUGGUGCUAGACAAGGACUUGCAGAAGCUGCCGUGGGAAAGCAUGUCCAUUCUCCGAACGCUGCCUGUCACCCGGCUGCCCUCUUUCCACUUUCUUCUCAGCUACUCCAUCACCAAAGAGGCUGGGGCCUCAUCGGUGCUGAGCCAAGGGGUGGAUCCCCGAAGUACCUUCUAUGUUCUCAACCCUCACAACAACCUGUCAAGCACAGAGCAGCAAUUUCGAGCCCAUUUUAGCAGUGAAGAAGGCUGGAAAGGGGUUGUCGGGGAGGUGCCAAGCCCUGAACAAGUACAGGCAGCCUUGACAGAGCAUGACUUAUAUAUCUAUGCAGGACAUGGGGCUGGUGCCCGCUUCCUUGAUGGGCAGGCAGUUUUGCGACUGAGCUGCCGGGCUGUAGCCCUGCUGUUCGGCUGCAGCAGUGCAGCCUUGGCUGUACAUGGAAACCUAGAAGGGAUUGGCAUCGUGCUCAAGUACAUCAUGGCUGGCUGCCCCUUGUUUCUGGGUAAUCUCUGGGACGUGACUGACCGUGACAUUGACCGCUACACUGAGGCUCUGCUGCAGGGCUGGCUUGGAGCAGGCCCAGGGGCCCCCCUUCUCUACUAUGUCAACCAGGCCCGCCAAGCUCCCCGACUCAAGUUUCUUAUUGGAGCUGCACCUAUAGCCUAUGGUUUGCCUGUCUUCCUGCGAUAGCACCCCUGAGCUGUUUUAUUGCUGAUAGAACACAUGUGACUCGUUUAUCUACAAACUUAAAUUUAACUUAAUACUUAGGAAAGUAUUUUAAAAUGAUUUCCCCCAAUGUUUUAUAUGGAGCAUUUCCUUCCAUUUAAUAAA